AUGUGUCUUGCAAAAUUAACUGAAAGAACCUGGAACUCCAUCCCUGGAGGCGCCAAUGACGGUCUCAAAGAGGGCGAGACUCGUCUUGAGAUAGUUGAGAAUGAGAGAGGACGUUUCGUCAAGUGGACCACAGGUCCUGUCUUGUUCCCCGCCGAAUACUUUGCGGACAAAAUGAACACAGACGUUGACCACUUCCCCAUCCCUCUGUCCCCUGAUCUGUGUAUCACAGUCCUCGACUCCGAUUUUUACGCACAUAUUAUAUAUCAUAUCAAACAGACUCAACACCUGAGCCGAUCUGAAAGUGAGUUUUCGGACAGCGACUCUGACCCUUGUUGUUCUCAAGAGGCAUUCGUCCGGUGGAUGGAGGUCCGUAAGGCCGAGAUCGGGGAUCCCGCGUCGGUCGAACAGAUCUGGACAACUUGGAAAAUGGUCCGGGAUAUGCUUUCUCGUGUUCGUGGCGCUGUCAGUAUCCAGGAGGAUAAUGACUUGAGCGUUGCUGAGGGGGUUGAGCAGCUCAACAGCCACAGCAAUCGCCAAAACUUCUCGCAUCCUCACGAUGGUCGACGCCGAGAAGCCGAGAGUGGACGCUUCGCUACGCCCAAGCAACCCAUACCCUCUCCAAGCGAACCAGGCUCAACGGCAUCUAUAUCAACGCUGAAAUGGCUGAUCCGAAUGGCCAUGAUGCUGCAGCUUACCGAUUUGCGUAACCCCUCUGUAAUUAACCAUGUUGGAAGUCUCGCAAUCCUCCCCAGCCAGAACACCGACGAAGCGCACGGAUACAUGGUAAUCCGUGGAGACCUCCUGAUCUAA